AUGUCGAGAACGAGUUUCCAGAAAGAUGAUAACCUUACGAAGGCUAUACGAGCUGCAAAUGAAACUCUGGCAAAAAUCGAGCAACAGGAAAGAAGUUUUUACAAAGCAUACGGAAGACAUGAAAGUGAUUUCUUGAACGACUUUAUUUCUGUCAGCAAACAACGCGAAGAAAUUGUAUCAAAACAGUUCAUGAAGCGAUUCGAUCAAUUAAUUUCCGAUGUAAAUGUGCAGCUGACGAUGCUAGAAGCUAAAUCACAUGCUAUACCGGAAAAUCAUUCAAGUCAAACAAACGUUGUGAGCGCAACUGAUUUAUCAUCAAUAGCACAGGGUGAUUCAAAUCAAUUUGAACAAAUUGACACGGAACUGAUGCAAUUGGAAUUGCGCUUUGCAAACAUUGAAAUGCAUAUAAAAGAAGAUGCAGAAGCGGAAGAAAUUGGCAUUGAGUUUCCAAUAACUGAUAUCAUCGACUACGUGACAGCAAUUAAAAUAGCAAUGUGCAAGCAACAUUUGUUAGCCAAUCAAUUUCAUCAAAUUGUUCUAAAUGAUGAGAAAUUUGAGGAAGAAGCCAAAUUCUUGACGAAAGAUUUUGCUGUUUGGACCAAAGAAGAACAUGAAGAACUAUUGAGGAGAAUGGCUCAAUUAGAAGAAUCAUUAAAUAAGCUUCAACAAUUUCCUUUAGUUUACGGCGAUGAAUUUAGUAAGUAUUAUCCAUUAAUGGAUGAUUUGGUCCUGUUGAAACGUCUUAUUUCACAAUUUUUGGAUAAAUAUAAGUCCAACAGCAAGAUUAUCGUCAUCAAUUUCAUUAUCACAGCGUAA